GAAGAGCUGAGAGAUACAGUAGAGACUCUUUAGGAACAAAGCUUACAAAGCUACUGCACAACACAAUAAAUUGGAUAUUUUGACUGGAUCUUUGUUGUCUUUGGGGCUUCUCUGGUGUGUCACACAAACAGAGAAAUUAUGGAGCACUAUCCAGAUCAGGGUUGUGAUGGCAUUGAGCUGCUCGACUGGCUGUUUGAUCAAAACGAUGGAAUUCUCCGUCAUGAGGAAACAGAACACCAUGGCAACCAUCACACCUGGCCAAUCCAGGACCCAAAUAUGCUGCCUCCGCCUGAACAGGCAGACGAUGACUUCCUCAACGCUCUCCUGAGUGGAAGUGAUUCUGUGUCAGGCUCACCUCUCUGGUCCCCAUCUCCCAGUGACAGUGGGAUCAGUGAGGACCCUACCUCAGACCAGAUGGACAGUCCACAACGCCCAGAGAGUCCCCCAGGGGACGCUCAGUACUUCAGUAAGAGGCCGCAAACAAAGGCAGCCCUGGAAGCCAACGUCUCCAUUGACCUCAAUGACUGGGACCCCGGCUUCCCAAUGGGCAGGACGAGGAUUACACCAUAUCCUUCUGAUGUACAUAGACCGCAGCUGUCCUCUGGCUUCCCCCUAACCGUCAAAGAUCUGCUCCUGUCUGGAACACCGGAGCCACCCCCACAGCCAUCCCAACCAUCUAUUCAAGAGUUGAUUCUGAAUGAAGAUGAGAAGAAGCUUUUAGCAAAGGAGGGGGUAACUCUACCCAGCCAACUACCUCUCACAAAGUAUGAAGAAAGAAUUCUGAAGAAAAUACGCCGAAAGAUUCGCAAUAAGCAGUCUGCCCAGGAGAGCCGGAAGAAGAAAAAGGAGUAUAUUGACGGACUGGAGAGCAGGAUGGCAGCCUGCAACGCACACAACCAUGAGCUGCAGAGGAAAGUGUCACAGCUGGAGAAAUGCAACAUGACACUAAUGGAACAGUUGCGAAGGCUGCAGGCUCUGGUCAUGAAUACAUCUAACAAGCCAGCCCAGACUGGGACAUGUGUACUGGUGCUGCUGCUGUCCUUCUCCCUAAUCCUGUUCCCCAGCCUCAAGCCAUUCUCUGACACCAAGGUCAGCCAAGGAGACUUCAGUCCAGUCAGAAUCCAGUCACGGUCCCUGCAGAACCUCCAGGCCUCCCGUGUGCUGCAUGUCACUGACGCCCCGUUCUCCACUGAGGAAGAAUCAGAGCCUCUGCACCGGCGUUUCCCAGGAGAGCACGGAUUGGCAGAUAUUACGGCACUGAUGGGAAAGCUGGGAGUGAACCAAGAGCGGUCCAGUUUGGAGACCAUGUCUCUAAACAGCAGUGAGGAGGAAAGAAUCAGCCAUUUCCAUGUAGACCCAAUUACUGGUCACAUAGCCACUGUGACCUUGGAUCCUCACCGCUCUGCCAAACUGCGACCACAUGCUGAUGACAUGUAAGCCAAAUUCCCAAAAUUGUCCUCCUCCUAAUGGUAGAGCAGGGAACUAUCUGGGGCUGCUGUUUACACAGACAGGGAAAUUUGAAAGUUGUAAUCAUUCCUCUUUUGCCUUUAAUAUAUAUUCAGUCUGUAUGCCUUUGCCUUUUUUGUGAUACUGUUUUAUAUCAGUAUAUGGAUUUGAAUCUUCCACUGAAAUUGCUUGUCAAGGUACACUGUAUCCUUUGCCUUUGAUAAAAUGCCAAUGUAAAUUACUGUGUUUGUGACUGUCCAAAGCUGGGUAAAUGGGGCUGUGAUGAUGUGUACAGUUUUGAUCCCAACGUAUUAUUUGUAAAAUGCUUAAGGAUUUUGAAAGCAUGUUUUCACUGUAGAAAUGAUUGCAACUGUUUAGAUUUAUUCAUAGAUAAAGCUGUUUCAAAUAAAAUAUGUCAAAAUGAGA